AUGUUCCCGAAGCCGAAGGAAGAUUAUCAGCGCGAGCAAACGAGAUGGGGCGCUGUUCUGAGUGUUUCCACUGUGUCUAUUGUGAUUUUGCUGGUGUUGUGGGAAGGCGCUGCAUACUUAAGAGGGCGCGACGCGUACUCUACAGAUGUUUCCCUCGACAAAGGGCUUUCAGAGGAUAUGCCGGUGCACUUCGACGUACUUUUCCCGUUUAUGCCUUGCAAUCGUCUUAGCAUUGAUGUUGUUGACACAACGGGGAUGGCAAAGUUCAACUAUACAGGCAGGCUACACAAGCUUCCCACCGCGCUUGACGGAGAGGUCUUGUACAAAGGAAGCCUGAAGGAUCUCGACAAUGAAAUGGAGACGGAGGAAGUGCGCACUGGUAAAAAGUGCCGACAGUGCCCACCAUCUGCCUUUGAUGGAGUAGCCGCAGAGGUGCGCAGUGCAGCCGCGUCGAAGUGCUGCGAUACCUGCGAGAGCGUCUUGGGCUUGUACAAGGAACUGGGAAGGGGUGUUCCAGGCACGGAGUACAUUCCGCAGUGCCUGGAGCAGUUGUACCAGCGAGCGAGUGGGUGCGCCGUGAUGGGCUCACUCGACUUGAAAAAGGUUCCUGUCACAGUCAUUUUUGGUCCCCGACGUACCGGCCAGUUUUACUCGCUGAAGGAUGUGAUUCGAUUGGAUACCUCUCAUUUUAUCCGAAAACUACGCAUUGGGGACGAGACGGUGGAGCGGUUUUCAAAGAAUGGUGUGGCUGAGAGACUCUCUGGUCACAAGUCGUCGUCGAAGACGUACUCGGAGACACGGUACUUAGUGAAAGUGGUUCCCACCACUUACAGAAAAACGAAGACGAAAAAUGCAAAGGCUUCCACCUAUGAGUAUAGUGCUCAGUGGAGCAGGCGGACAAUUUUGGUGGGUUUCGCUGGUGCUGUGCCUGCUGUUCUGUUCGAGUUUGAGCCUGCCCCUAUUCAGGUGAACAAUGUGUUCGAGCGACAGCCUUUUUCGCAUUUCCUGGUGCAGCUCUGCGGUAUCGUAGGUGGAUUGUUUGUUGUUCUGGGAUUUAUCGAUAAUGUGGUCGACUGGGUUGUCGCUUUCGGGAAGUAG